UCUUAAACUGCCUGUGCACAGUUUUGAGAACAAAUUCAGUCCACAAACUCACAUUGGUUAAGGACUGCCUUUCCUGUGUUUGGCGGUUCUGGAAGCUACAGACGCAAUGCUCCCAAAAUUUCACAAGUGGCUGCCUCUUCUGUUUUUCUUCUUUUCAACUUGUACUGCAUAUUUUGCCACACGUGAAAACUGCUGCAUCUUGGAUGAACGAUUCGGCAAUUUUUGUCCUACAACAUGCGGCGUUGCAGAUUUCAUAACCAGAUAUCAUACAGACGUCGAUCGAGAUCUUCAGAUUCUUGAACAAUUGUUGGGGGACAUCUCUAACUCUUCAGGAGUAACUGACAGUUUAAUACGCCAGAUCCGACAAGUGCAUGUCUCACAGCCAGCAGCUCAGUCAAAUGUGAUUCCAGGUUAUACACAGAAAUCCAGACAAAUCAUUGAUGAAAUUGUCAGAUAUGAAAACAUCAUUGUGGGCCAUGAAAAUACUAUACAGCAAUUGACAGACAUACUGAUAUUAAACAAUAACAAGAUACAGUUACUAAAGCAGAAAACUGCUCAGCUCGAGGCACAGUGUCAACAGCCAUGUAAAGACACUGUCCAGAUACAAGAAUUAACUGGAAGAGAUUGUCAAGACAUUGCUAAUAAAGGUGCCCGGCAGAGUGGACUGUACUUCAUAAAACCCGUAAAAGCCAAGCAACAGUUCCUGGUGUUCUGUGAAAUUGACAAUCUAGGCAAUGGGUGGACAGUUUUACAGAGGAGGCUUGAUGGCAGUGAGGACUUCAACAAAAACUGGAUUCAAUAUAAGGAAGGAUUUGGACAUCUGUCACCCAAUGACAAUACAGAAUUCUGGUUGGGAAAUGAAAAGAUUCAUUUAAUAACUACUCAAACUACAGUUCCAUAUGCCUUGAGAAUAGAGCUGGAGGACUGGAGCAACCAAAAAAGCUAUGCAGAUUAUGCCCAUUUCAAAUUGGGAAAUGAAGCUGACAAAUACCGUAUGAUCUAUGCCUACUUUGCUGGGGGCGAAGCUGGGGAUGCCUUUGAUGGGUUUGAUUUUGGAGAUGAUCCCAGUGACAAAUUUUUUACUUCUCACAAUGGCAUACAGUUUAGCACGCAUGACAACGAUAAUGAUAAAUAUGAAGGCAACUGUGCUCAACAAGAUGGAUCUGGGUGGUGGAUGAACAAAUGUCACGCCGCCCAUCUGAAUGGCAAAUAUUAUCAAGGAGGUGUUUAUAGCGAGAAAGACUCAGGUCCACAUGGCUAUGACAAUGGCAUUAUCUGGGCAACUUGGCAUGAUCGAUGGUACUCCCUCAAGACAACAGUUAUGAAAGUCAUUCCUUUCAGCAGACUUGCAAUUGUGACAGGGCAACAAAGUGGAGGAGUAAAAGAUGUUGAUCUUGGAAACCGUGGAGACAUUUAGAAAAACAACUGCCUCUGCAAAGGCAACAAUGAACAUAAACGCUAUUUGUUCUUCUGUCCUAUGUAAAAUGUCAGAGCGAUUGAAUUUUGUUCAUAUUGUUUACAAUAAAACGGCAGGUUCAUGACAAAAAGUGUUUUUUUUUAAAAGAAAAAAAAACCAUCUUGUUUUCUAAUAAACAUAUGACAAUUACUGAUCGUUUAAGUUCUGGCAGUGUCUAUUGUUUUAAUUGACUUUAAAAGAUGAUGCUAUAGAUCAGGGGUCUCCAACCUUGGUCC